AGGAAAUUUUCUAAAAACAACCGCCUUUGUAAAAUCAACCGCUGUUAAAACAGCUGUAUUAGAAACGUCAAACUGACAAAACACUUGGUGUGUUCGACGGCUGGAUACUUUUUUUGUGAUAAAUUUGCAAAUAAAAAGCAGCAACAAUGGGAGGCCAUGGACACGGAGAACCUUACAAAGUACCAGACCCCUCUAUCUACAAAGUAGAAAAUGUUCCCAAAUUGGUUGAAGUUAAAGAGGCUUUGGCCAGACAAGGUUUAAAGGAUCCUUGGUUGCGCAAUGAAGUUUGGCGUUAUGAUGCCAAACAGUUCGGUACACACGCCAGCCGCCUUAGAGCAUUUAUGUUGCGCGGUUUUGUCUUAGGUUUGGGCCUCACUGCCGCCACCGUUGCCUGUGAAACUUUCUUGGGCGGUGAUGACCAUCACGGACACGGUCAUGAUGAACAUCAUUAGGAAAUUAUUUAUCAAUAAGUUAAACUUCAUAAACUCUUUCUUUUGCUUUAUAAACAACAAUAAAAAACUAAUGUGAAAAACCGUA